AAAGCCGACGGCGACGGGACGGUUUCGGUUGGGUUGGCCGGAUUGCUCUCGACUCUCGUGCUAUUUUGCACACUUCGGCCAGUUUUAGUUUUAUUUGUUCGCCUCCGAGUUUCCGACUCUAACCCAACAAACGUGGACAGUCGGACAGUCGGCGGAUCCGAAGUAAAAGAAGCCAGUGUUUGGCCAUUUGAAAACAGGCCCACGAGUCAUUUCGUUUAAUUAUAUCCGCCAGUUGGUUAACCGACUUUAUUAAAUGUCAGAGCCACAGUCUGCUCUACUACUAAGGAAGCAAUUAGCAGAACUCAAUAAGAAUCCAGUGGAAGGAUUCUCGGCUGGCCUUAUUGAUGAUGAUGAUAUAUAUAGAUGGGAAGUGCUUAUUAUUGGACCUCCAGAAACAUUGUAUGAAGGAGGCUUUUUCAAAGCACACCUUCUCUUCCCCAAAGAAUAUCCACUAAGACCACCACGAAUGAAAUUUGUAACCGAAAUAUGGCACCCUAAUAUCGAAAGGAAUGGCGAUGUUUGCAUUUCAAUUCUCCAUGAACCUGGUGACGAUAAGUGGGGGUAUGAACAGGCAUCAGAACGAUGGUUACCAGUGCAUACUGUUGAAACUAUUCUAAUAUCUGUUAUAUCUAUGCUUGCUGAUCCGAAUGAUGAAAGUCCAGCAAACGUUGACGCUGCGAAAGAGUGGCGAGAAAAUUAUCUAGAUUUCAAACGUAAAGUGGCUAGGUGUGUCCGGAAAAGUCAAGAGGAGUGUAUAUAGGGAAAUUUCAUAUCAAUAGGAACAAAUGGUAAAUCUUGUCCAAUCUUAAACAUAAAUUGUGAACUUUUAUUAAAAUAAAUUAAAAAAUGUCAAAAAUAAUUAUUUUCAAAGAAUGUACAUAACUUACUAUAAACUAAGUAUUGUCGACCAUAAAUAAUAUGAUAAUGAUAAAAUAAAGAUUGAAAAUAAAAGAAACAUAUUGAAAACCUUUUA